AGUUGGCCGCAUAGCAGACACCACUCGGGUUGAAGUCACUACCAAUAAUGCUGUUCUCGGCGAACUGCGCGAUGACAUUACAGCCAUGAAACACUCGGUCGCCCACUCGCAUGGCCUUGCCGAAGCCAGACUGUCGCUGCACUUUGCUUGCCAAGAAAUCAGCCAGAUAUUUCCGGUGGUCAUAUUCAUCCGAGAGCAUAGGAUAUCACGAUGCGUCAUGUCCUUUCAGACAGACUGGCCGACGCUCUUGGCAAUACCAAGUAUCAGUUCAACUACUGCCAUUCUUCGAUAAAACGGUCGAGCUUGCACUUGGCGGCACGCAACAUGGGACUAGAUCUGCCUUGGAGUUCCCCUUGAGGCUUGUGUGCACUGUCAAGAGAUCGGAAUCGCGUAUUUUCAAGCUCUUUGACGAGUUCUCGCAAAUCUCUCGGCCACGAUGGACUAAGAAAAACGAUAUAUUCGAUAGAACUUCUCUUCUGUGGCAAGUGGACACACUAGGGCAGGGUGUACGUACCGCUUUCGGGUUUGACUGGGAUGUUGUGAAACUUUCUGAUGAGCUGAGACGCCUUAACAAGUCCCUUCUCAAGACUCAUGGUGACGGUAAGGGAUCUCUGUACGACAGAGAUGAGUAUGGACACAACCUGUUACACGAGAUUACGGUGUUAAUCGCAAUGCUCGGUUCGGCGGUGGUACAUGUCGUUGACCAGAUUACCACUUUGGUACUUUUGGCCGAGAGGUUUGGCAUUGAGCCAGAUGUGGGCGCACCGAGGCCCGAUACUUUGUUUACCACCCGCCGUAUUAAGUUUUUUGGAGUAAAUAUUUUUGUUCCCAAUGAGCUUCGGUACACGGCCUUGAGUGGGAAAUCGAAGUUAGACGACUCCCACCGACAUUAUCAGAGCGCAUAUACCGCUUCUGGCCCAGGAACUUACUGACGUGGAACUUCCACGAGUGCUUCACAUAUUCCGGCCAGCGGCCUUAUGGAACUUUCAAAAUCCACACACCCGUCCAGAGCAAUACACAGCACCUCAUCGGCACCAUCUCCUAAAGCAACUAGUGAGAAACCCGUCCUUGUUGAGAUAUUUUUUUGAGGGACACCUGGCAUCCAUCAUCUUAAAC